UGCUGACCUCACAUGGAAAUGUACUAUUUAAGAUCAGGUUACCAGAUGUUCCAACAGAAUUUAGGCAGCUGCUAGCAGAGGUUACCCUGACUGCUUCAACAGAGAGCAUUUACAAUCUAAUAGCUCAGACAGAAGAGAUGAUCGUGUUAAUUUUCUUCUUUGUCUUGUUGUGGAACGAGGCUCAAAGUUGGGGAUUCAAGAAUGGAGUACUGCAUAACUCUAUUUGGUUAGAGCGAGCAGCUGGAGUGUACCACAGGGAGGCGCGGGCUGGAAAAUAUCAGCUCACCUAUGCAGAAGCUAAAGCAGUGUGUGAAUAUGAAGGAGGACAACUAGCCACAUACCAACAACUGGAGGCAGCAAGAAAAAUAGGUUUACAUGUGUGUGCUGCUGGUUGGAUGGCUAAGGGCAGAGUUGGUUAUCCCAUAGUGAAAGCUGGAUCCAGCUGUGGUUUUGGAAAGACCGGCAUUGUUGACUAUGGGAUUCGCCUCAACAGAAGUGAGAGAUGGGAUGUCUAUUGCUACAACCCUCAUGCAAAAGAAUGUGGUGGAAUCUUCACAGACGCAAAGCACAUCUUUAAGUCACCAGGCUACCCAAAUGAGUAUGAAAAUAAACUAAUAUGCUACUGGCACAUUAGACUAAAGUAUGGACAACGGAUUCAUCUACAAUUCCUGGAUUUUGAUGUUGAAGAUGACACUGCUUGCAUGGCUGAUUUCUUAGAAGUCUAUGAUAGCUAUGAUGAUAUCGCUGGCUUUGUGGGCAGGUACUGUGGAGAUGAACUUCCAGAUGAUAUCGUCAGCACAGGAAAUCUCAUGACCUUAAAGUUUUUGUCAGAUGCCUCAGUGACAGCAGGUGGUUUUCAAAUUAAAUACGUUGCUGUAGACCCACCUUCAAAACCUAAUGAUGAGAAAAAUGAAACUUCCCAAGGAAACACAAACUUCUUGUCUGGAAAAUUUGGCAUUAUGUGAACGGACGAUCAACAUCACAGAAAAUGCAGUUGGAAUAUACAGUUAUUAAAUACAAAUACCACUUGAGAUACCUGUUUCGUCCAAUAAGUUAUAGCUAUCAUACUAUAUUUGGGAUAGCGAGCAGCCAUAGUCUUAUCCUUCUGACUUUUAUAAUUUCUACUUUAUGUAAUUUUUCUUAAUAAAGAAUAUUGGGAAAUAAAUUAGAAAAUUGUACUUAAAUGAUAGACAAUUAUUUUCUAGAGUCAGUGAAACUAAGAACAUAAGAACGGACAUACUUGGUGAGACCAAAGGUCCAUUUAGUCCAAAAUCCUCUCUUUCGACAGUGUCCAAUGCCAGGUACUUCAGAGGCAAUGAACAGAACAGAUAAUCAUCAAGUGUUCCAUCCCCUGUCAUCCACUCCCAGUUUCUGGCAAACAGAUGCUAGGGAUACUCAGAGCCUGAGGUUGCAUUCCUAACCAUAUUGGCUAAUAGCCAUUGAUGGACCUAUCCUCCAUGAACUUGUCUGAACUAAAUGGAAGGAUUCACUGUUACCAUAGAUUUCCCAACUAAUUGCUUUUCUACACUAUCCACUCUUUUUCUCUUACCCCUGGCACCAUUUCAGCUGAAGUUUUGGGGGCCUGAUAUUUCAAUCCUUCUCCCCUCACUUUCCUUCAUUCCUGUAUAUUUAUUGCUGUCCGAAUUCUCCUUUCCCUGUUCUUGCUUCCUUUCUUGCUGCUCUCUCUCUAUUUUUAAGCUAACUCAAUUCCAGUGCCUUUCGGGUAAGUCUUGCCUCAAUGAUAGUUUACUUCAAAGUGCAAAUUCAUUUUGAGAGUUGGCCUGUGAUAUAUCCCUGACGAACCCAUAUGUAAUGGGCUUCUAGAGCCAGAAGAUACUAAAGCAGCAUGAAAAUCACUGAAUCUGUAAUUGUACCGUCGUUGGGAUUUUAUUGUGUUCUGGAUCAUAAAUUAUUUAACAGAUUUGUAAGGAGUUUGUCUUCCUUACCCAAUGCAGAGUUAUUCAAGCCUUUUCUAUUCUCAAAUCACAUUUAUUAAAGGGCAAAAAGCGGAAAGAUUCUCUGUUAAUGAGAAACUGAGGCACCAAAAGGAAUUGUCCAUCAACUAUCAGCAAACCCUUUUUCAACCUGUUAACAGGCUUUGUCUUGUUCACACCAAUUCUAAGACUGCAUUAUGCUGAAUUGAUAGACAUGUAUCCAUUCCUGAUAUCAGUUUAUAUCUGUCUGUUAACCCCCUGACCCCAAAAUAUCAUUAAAUCUACCUCUGUUUUAAUCAUG